AUGAUCUCUUUCCAAGAAUUUAUUCAUAAUUAUCUAACAAAUACGAAUAAACAAGUUUCUGCGCGUGUACUACUUGUAACAGAAUCUAUUUUAACUCUAUUAUGGAGUUUGUCGGAUAAACUUGCAAUAAUUUCUAUAUUUAUUGAUGUUGGUUACAUUCAAAAAAUUAUCCAAUGGAUUCGUACAGAUUUAUUUGCGUCUCAUAUCAGUGAUAUUGGUGAACCAAUAGUUAACAUUGUCUACAAUUUGACGAGAGAUAAGACAGCUUUAAAGCAGCUUCGUACAGAAAAAGCGUUCAACAUUUUGAUGGAACUUAAGCAAUUAAUUUAUAAUGAAGACAAUAACGGUUUGACAGAAAGUUAUGGUUGGGCAUUGAUCGCAUUAGCUACAAGUGAUGAACAAUCGGAAGAAAACAAAAAACUCAUUCUUGAUACUAGCGAAAAUUUAUACCAAUUAUGUAAGAAAACUGAUCAAAAAGAUGAUUUAUCAUCUGAUGAAUAUCAUUUAUCGGAAUUACUCGAAUUAUUAGAUCGUGCUUUCACAAAUACAUACGUAAUAAAACAUAUUUUGGAGGAUAAGAUUAAUGAAAAAUCAACAGCAAUACAAUACUUUACAGAACUUUUUCUGUCUCUUUACGGAGUUCUGCUGGAUCCAGAACCAGAUGAACUAGAGGAACGUGCUGUCAAAUGUUUACUUAGAAUUCUACUACAGAUUUCUAGUUACCCAGAAUAUCUCAAACGAUUAACUGAUAAUAGUCGGUUUUGUAUAAUCAUAGAAAGUCUUGCUAAUCGUCCGAAACACGAUGAUGCAAAGCGUAUUUGGUGUAAUAUUCAGCAAACUAUGUCAACAAACGAACAAAAAAAAGACAUGUCAUCGAAAAUCUAUAUUAGCUAUGAUCAUACCGACGAAGAGUUUUGUAAAGAAUUUGUAAAAGAGUUGCGUAAGAGAACGACGAUACCAAUUUGGGUUGACUAUGAAAAGGUUGAUCUGUCUGAUGAUAUGUGGGAAUAUGUAUCUCCAAAUAUUAUAUCGGCAACAACGGUUAUUAUCUUGGCAUCAACAGCCUAUGGUGAAAAUACUGAUAAAUUUCAAGAAUUAUCUUACAUAAUUUCUACUAAUAAAUCAAGAGAUGAAAAGAAAGGCUUAAUCGUAGUCGCAGCUAAACCUAAUUUCAAUUUCAAUCGAUCUUGGAUGAAAGAUCUGUUACAUGAGAAGACUAUAGUUCCAUAUGAAAAUAAUAUUAGUCAUAUGGCUUGGAACGUAUGUGAACAAAUUGGUGUGUUGAAAAAAUCACGAAUUAAAUGUCUAAAUUGGCUAUUCAAAAAUUUACGAAGAGAAACAGCUCAAUCCGAUGAUUUCUCAAACAAAACUUUGAAAUUGCUUCCAGAAAAUGAUAAAGUCUAUUAUCAAAAGGAAUCUUCACAAGUGGACGAUAGUACCGAUAAUUUACUUCCAUCAAAAACACAUAGCUCACAUUCCAUUGUUACUUUACUAAUGACGCAAACUGGAUCCGUUAGUGAUUCAAUCUGGGUAUGA